GACAAUCUCAAUUACAUUGGUUAAAUAGGUUUAAAAUUCAGUACAGUGUAGUUUAUGUUUACGUUUUGUGUGGUUUAAAUCUUUUAAUAAUGUCAAUAAAGAAGUCGAUGAAAUUACUCUCCGUAAAAUGUACCUAUUUGUCAUCUUUUUCUAAAACAAUUCAGACGGAUUUACAUGAUCUUGUAUUUAAACUAUGGAAUGCAAAUUUUCUUCAUACAAUAGUUACGCGUGUAUUGAUAUAAACGGCACAUGUAUGUAAGCAACGUUUGUAUUAAUCAAUGAAUGGCAGGCUCUACUCACUCGUUACAAGAUGGUGCAACUUAAAAGGUUUGUCAGAAGAUCCCGAUAUUCGUUAUUGCGCUGCAUUGCCAUGACAUAUGGAAUGUUCGUAAUGUAUUUUGGAAGGCGAUUAUUUAUUUCAUUAAACAAACACGAGUACUUAGUGAGCAGAUCUUCGCUUCUCUACAUUUAUAACAAUACACCAGUAUGGAAUAAACUUGUGGAUAUGAAUGAAGUAAAAGCAAAACCCCAGAGCACUUUCAAAAGUAUUCGACAGAUACUGUUCAUAAACACACCAUUCUGGCUCAACAUUGCAAAAGGAAAUGCGUAUAUAAGAAACAAGUGUCAUUUUAAAAACUGUGUUAUGACAAAUAAAGUUAACAAUAUAUCUCAGAUGUCAGCAGUAGUCUUCAGUACGCCAUACACACUUAAAUAUGGUUGCUCAUACUUGAAAAGCAAACGUCCUUAUUCACAAGUCUGGGUCUUUAUGACUUUCGAGCCUCCGGAAGCAUCGAGACAGUGGUGGUACAGAGAUCCAAUUUGGAGAAAAACCAUGAACUGGUCAUGGGGAUACAGACUAGACUCGGAUAUAUUUCGGCCUAUUCAGGUAUUAACUACAAGGAACGUGUUGCCAAACCGUGAUAACGAUACUAUAUUUAAGCGAAAAAAGAAACUUGCGGCUUGGGUUGUGAGUCAUUGUCAUGUUAAAAGCCUUCGAGAUGAAUAUGUGCAUGCGCUUAUUCGGGAAGGUGUACAGGUUGAUAUAUUUGGUAAAUGUUCAAAAAACAGAACGAAUGUAAGUCGGAAAGACAUUCAACAACGAAUAAAUGAUGAUUACAAAUUUUAUUUGUCAUUCGAAAACAAUAUUUGUAAGGAUUACGUUACAGAAAAAUUUUAUACUUACCUAGGUUUGGACACCAUUUUAGUUGUUCGAGGAGGACUAAAUUAUUCGAAGCAUUUUAAUCAGAACUCAUUUAUUGAUACUUCGUCAUUUUCUACAGUAAAGUCAUUAGCAAGUUAUAUGUUAAAGGUCAGUCAGGACAUAAAACUAUACACCGGGUAUUUAAGGAACAAGGACAUGUAUAAUAUUGCAGGCUCGGGUACCAAUAGCAUGUACGAAUCAGAAUGUAGACUGUGUGAAAAAAUAAAUAACCAAGAACGGUAUAAAAAGACAUAUGAAGACAUUGCAACAUACAUACAUAACGAUACAUGUUUUAAUCCACAUGAAAUACUUUAAUUAAUAUAAUUUUAUGAACCCCUACCGAAGCAAAAACAAUGAAAGCACGAAAAAUUAUUUAGAUAUAUGUCACUUUAUCUUCAGUACAUGUAAGGCUAGGUCCAGCUCUUAGUUGCAAUAUUUACAUACUUCUCUAUAAAUAUGUUUUCAUUUAAAUUGAUUAUUUUCUUUAAUAAUUUUCUAAACUGUUCAAGAAAGUUUUAAUUGAAAUUCAAAUUGACACACAGCCCAUUGUCUACUACAACAAGUCUAAAUAAACAUUGUUGCAAAUUUAAA